AGAGCUUUCGGUGACCGCCGCCCGGGGCGCUCUUUGCCUCCGUAGCGUUGGAGGUAUGAGCGCUCCGAAGAUGUUCAGCAGCGUGUCCACUUCAAUGGCCCGUGUCUCCAACCUCUUCUCCCGCAACGAGAUGUACCAGGAGCAAACGGACCUCUUUAAUGAUGAUCAGAUUUGGACUGGACCCAACGAGAAGAACGACCGGCCGGCCAUGGUGGGGGACAAGCACCAACCAUGGAGUCGCACAGAGGCAGAAACGCAAGCUGCCAACGUGAAGGCUUUGUUGCAGGAUCAGCUAAGACGGGAAAAACCGUUGGCUGAGGUUGUUGGCGACAGUCCGUUGGAGCGAUCGCCCCCAGAAAAGAGACGCAGCCGGCGAAAGGAGUCAGGAUCCAACCCAGCGGGUGCGUUUGAUUUUCCACAAGAUUGGUUGACCCCGCAGACAAGUCCUGCUCAGAGGAGUGCGGAACGCAUGGAUGCGCCCUGGCCUGUGACAUCAACUUCUCGUUCGCCCUCACAGGCGCAUGCCUGGCCGGUGAAAGAGCCUCGAUCCCAAGAGACAACGCCGGAACCAAACUGGAAGGAGCGAAAUGUCGGCAGGCAGUUCGAGUCUGCUACUGCGACACGUGUCGCUGGUCAGUUCGAUGAGGCCAUUUUGGCGGCCUUGAGCGCCCUGCCACGGCAUUCGCUUGUCGAUGUGCUGAGGAGAUUGGCAGAUCGACGGCCAGAGGAGGUGGCUCAAGCGCUCCAAAAGGAUCCGUCGCCGGCUAGCACUGGUGCAGGCACCGCUCUGUUGUCGCCUCCCAAAUCGGAGGUGACACGUGGUACCGCCAGCCCGGCCUCGGCGCUGUCGCCAUCCCCGCAAAUGGCGGUGGCUGAAGCCGUAGCCGAAGCCGCAGAUGCUGCCGCGGGAUCAGGUUGGCCUGACCAGUCGGAUGUGUGGCCAAGCGUUCAAGCGGUGAGGCCGGACCCCUGGCCUCAAGUGACUCAAGUGGCUUGGCCGGAGGCAAACCGGUGAGCGCUGCCGGCGCAGGCCUUGCUGCGCAGGUGAACAGCAGAGAGCUGGACUGUUAACGUUUCAAUGGCGGCAGUUUGGACUGCCGCACAGCAACGUGGUUUGUUGAAUGCAAACCAUGUUUGGGGUCUCGGUCCGGAUAAUUAUGA